UAUGCAAAUGAACGGCAUCGGCUUUGCGUAUCCUCAUUGGUCAAAUUCAAAAUUAUGUCAUCACUUACCAUUCUUCGCGUCUGAUUGGUCAGAAUUGGAUUCGCCUUCUCAUUGGCUGUCUGCACAAGACCUACUUCUCAGCCUAUCAGGGAAGGGACGAGAUGCUAAAGCGAGAGCAGAGCUGGGGAGCGCUGAGUUCUUGUUUGUUCUGCUGCGCGGCGUGUUCCUGUCCGAGCAGAGCGAGCCAAGGAAAAUGUCCGGGCGCGGAAAGCAGGGCGGGAAGGCGCGCGCCAAGGCCAAGUCGCGCUCGUCGCGGGCCGGGCUGCAGUUCCCCGUGGGCCGCGUGCACCGGCUGCUGCGCAAGGGCAACUACGCGGAGCGCGUGGGCGCCGGCGCCCCGGUGUACCUGGCGGCCGUGCUGGAGUACCUGACGGCCGAGAUCCUGGAGCUGGCGGGCAACGCGGCCCGCGACAACAAGAAGACGCGCAUCAUCCCCCGCCACCUGCAGCUCGCCAUCCGCAACGACGAGGAGCUCAACAAGCUGCUGGGCAAGGUGACGAUCGCGCAGGGCGGCGUGCUGCCCAACAUCCAGGCCGUGCUGCUGCCCAAGAAGACCGACAGCCACAAGGCAAAAACCAAGUGAACCCGAAAGAACAAGUGCCACGUUUGCUUUUCUGAAAAAAAACCAAAGGCUCUUUUCAGAGCCACCCACAAGGUCCUAAGAGAGCUGAGUUAUCCAAAUCACAAUGAAUGCUAUAUAAUAUUAACUACUCAACCCGUGUUUUAACAUGUCUUUAUUUUUGGUCGGAUAUAAUAGCAGUGUUUUCCAUAUUGUUAACAAUGUCGUUUCAAAAUGCCCUCGUCCCCUUGCAAGUCCUUCACGGUGUGAGAUAUUUUGCGUUUAGUUCCGCCGGAGAACACACGGUCUGUGUUCGUUGAGAGUUCCUGCCCCUC